CGAUUUUAAAACAUUGCGAUUUAACGUGGAAAUCUCGUUUAGCUUCUUCGUUGUUUUGACUCAGCGACUCGCUCUAAUUCAGAACCCUCUUCACGCACGGACGCCGGAAGAACACUGCUCCGAGAUCCUAACUGCCGUUAGUUCGUCGGAAACGAUGGAUUUUCAGGUCGUCGUCAUGGCCGGAGGUUAUUCGAAGAACCUGGUUCCUCUCGUUUCCCAGGAGAUGCCAAAGCCAUUGCUACCCGUGGCCAACCGCCCCGUCCUCUCUUACGUCCUUGAGCUCCUUGAAGCUAGCAACCUCAAGGAUCUAAUUGUAGUUGUUGAGGGAGAAGAUGUUGCUCUUCGUGUUGGUGGAUGGAUCUCCGGUGCCUAUGUUGACCGUCUUCACGUGGAGGUAGCCGCAGUUCCUGAGGAAGUUGGUACUGCUGGUGCAUUGCGUGCUGUUGCUCACCAUCUCACUGCAAAGGAUAUUUUGGUUGUCAGCGGGGAUCUCGUUUCUGAUGUGCCUCCUGGGGCUGUGGCAGCAACACACAGACGGCUUGAUGCUGCAGUGACCGCACUGCUUUGUAUUACUCCUGUUAGUGGACCCUCUGAAAGUGUAUCAUCUGUAGGAAAGGACAAGGGAAGGAAGCUUCCCCGCGCCAAUAUUGUCGGGCUGGACCAUACACGACAAUACUUAUUACAUGUGGCAGCAGGUGCUGAGGUUGGCAAAGAUAUUAAAAUUCAGAAGAGUAUACUUCGGGCUAAUGAUCAGAUGGAAAUUCGAGCUGAUCUCAUGGACGCACAUAUGUACGCAUUCCAAAGGACAAUUCUUCAGGAGGUUUUGGAUCAAAAGGAAAUGUUCCAUAGCAUUAAACAUGAUGUUUUCCCCUAUCUUGUUAGGACACAACUGAGGUCAGAAAUUUCGGAUAAAGGGGCGCCAAAAAAUGGAUUGAAUGGUGUAGAUUAUACCCUGAACGGUUCGGAACCCGCAUCUGAAAUUUUGACCAACAGAACGCAUAAGUGCUGUGCUUAUAUUGCCAACAAAAGCAAGUAUUGUUCCCGCUUGAAUUCUGUUCAAGCUUUCUGUGAUAUUAAUCGUGAUGUGGUAGGGGAGGCGGGUCACCUUUCUGGGUAUUCUUUCUCAGCACAGAACAACAUUGUUCAUCCUUCUGCAGAACUCGGAUCCAAAACUACUGUUGGACCACAAUGCAUGCUUGAUGAAGGUUCAAAGCUGGGUGACAAAUGUAGUGUUAAACGAUCUGUUAUUGGCAGACACUGCAGAAUUGGUUCUAAUGUGAAGAUCUUCAACUCUGUUGUAAUGAAUCAUGUCACCAUUGAAGAUGGUUGCUUUAUUCAAGGUUCUGUUAUUUGCAAUAAUGCACAACUGCAAGAGCGCGUUGUUUUGAAGGAUUGUCAGGUUGGAGCAGGAUACGUUUUGACGGUUGGAAGUGAAUAUAAAUCUGAACCUUUGUCAAAGAAAUAAAACUUCAGCCUUUGUGAGUGUACAUAAUAUGAAAGAGCAGAAGAUAUGCCAGGUUCCUAUUCAGAGCAUGAAACAAGCAAAGGAAGCAGUAGUUAUGCAGCCAUUGGUAGUCUCCGAAGCCUUGUUGCAUCUGUGUCUUCUGCUGCGAAAAAAAAUUUGUUCCUUUCAGUUCUUAAUGAUCCUUAGGUGUUGAUUACGAUGGAAAAAUAAUCCCAAAUGUCUUGCUUUGGCUCUAUGGCCUCAAGUUUUGAUCGUUUCUGCGGGGAACUAUCCUUGCCCAGAAAAAGAGUGAACAAUAACUUGGUAAAAAUUCUCUUUUUUAAUGGUAUUUUUUAGAUUGUUUUCUAUGAUCGUGAACUAAUAGCGACAAUAAAUCUUUUGCAUCUAUUCAAUCUUUAGUUCCAACUA